AUGUCGUUUCCCGGUGAACAAGACGAGGGUUGGGCCGGGACAUGGCAUGGUAUCUCAAUGGUAUUCGAGAUCAAGCGUACCAGAGGCGAAGAUCCGAUUGACGAGUACGGUGUGCGGUACGGCAAGCAGGCGACGGACGCACUGACGCAACUUGCGAAGAGCGCGCGGAACCUCCUGUCGACGCACGGGAUGCUCUUUGUGUACGUCGUCGGCAUCUACGGCGACACCGCUCGGAUCUACCGCUUUGACCAUGCAGCGUGCGUCGUCUCACGAUCAUUCGACUUCAAGGAGACGCCAUGGCCUCUCCACGAACUGCUCUGGCGUUUCUGUUACUACCAAGGGCCACGAGGAGGUGCCAGAGUAGCUGGCGCACCUCCGACAAAUAUGCUUAUUGGCGCGGAUCCGUCUUUUCAGCGAGCUACGGACGAUGAUCUUAGGCUUGCAGAAGAGAAGUGCACGGAGAUGGGUACAGAAUCGCUCACGCUGACCGACAAGCAAGCGUGCCGAUGGAUCACAGUAACAAGACACAGCGAGGACGGAACGGAGGUGGGAACGACAAGGUACCUAGCCUAUCGCAUCCGCUCUCUCAAUGCGCGACUCUUUUCGCGCGCGACGGCCGUCUGGGAUGCGCUCGAGGAGGGAACGUGGGAGCGCUGCGUGAUCAAGGACUCGUGGAGACAACUUGAACACGAUCGCGAGGAUGUUUUGUACGACCGAAUUCGCGGAUCUCCUGAUCGGCCACCCGUGUACGGCCAUCGCACCAUUUGCGGUCAGUUACGGGACCCGAAAAAUGCGAACUACUAUGAACGGAGCCACAUGCGGGUGAUAAUGAAGACGGUUGGCCGGCCUUUGUCCUCUUUCAAAUCGACGAAGGAGCUUGUUCAUGCUCUCCGGGAUGCUAUCAUUGGACAUAGGCAGGCAUACCACGCUGGCAUCAUUCAUCGAGACAUCAGCGAAGGCAACGUGAUGAUUUGCGAUACGCGGAUCAGCUCCUUCGCUGGCUUCCUUCUCGAUUUUGACUAUGGCUUCGAUUGGAAGACCGCGCUCAAGCAGGUGGGGUGGCCGGCUGACGAGGCAAGCUGGAGGAUGUUCGUCGAGAAGUACAAUGAAAGUCUGCCUUGUAUUAGGCGACAUGCGCCGCCCAAACAGACGAUUCCCGUCCUAGGCUCUCAUAGCGCAGACACUUCAAAACUGGAGACGAAGAUGAAGCAAAGGACGGGUACGCUAGAUUCCAUGGCUAUUGAAAUCCUAGAGACCUAUUGCGCACACGACAUUCGCCACGACCUGGAGUCGUUCUUAUGGCUUUAUUUCUUCGGUACGCAAGAGGGAUGGGAUAGCGCGGCAAGGAAGAGACAGUUCCUCCAGACCUGGACGGCAUUCGAGGU